AUGGUGGUCACUGCCCAUUUCUUGGACAGCGACUGGAAAUUGCACAAAAGGAUUAUUAACUUUUGUUCAAUUACCAGUCACAAAGGGAAAGAUAUAAGAAGGGUCCUGGAGCAGUGUUUGAGGGAAUGGGAUAUCAAUAGGGUGUUCACUAUCACAGUGGACAAUGCUAAUGCAAAUGACCAAGCAGUCAAGUUCAAGUCGAUCACGUUUAGGGAGUUUUCUGUUCUUGAGCACUUGAAUAAGAAUGCAAAUGUUCCCCUAGAUGUGAUCACUAGGUGGAAUAGCACUUAUUUAAUGCUUGCUGCGGCAUUAAAAUAUGAGAAAGUGUUUGAUAGGAUGGGUGAUGAAGAUGUGCAGUUUAGGAAUUAUUUUGAGGAGAAAGAUACCAAAGGUAGGAAGAGGACAUGCCCUCCCGUAGAGGCAGAUUGGAGAAAUGCUCAAGUUUUAGUGCAUUUCCUCAAAAAGUUUUACGAGACAACACUCAAAUUGAGUGCUUGGAAAUCAGUUACUGCAAACUUGCAGUUCAAAGAGAUGAUCGGCCUUCAAACAGAGAUUGAUAAGAAGGCAAAUGAUGAUUCUGAUGAGGUUUUGCAGAGGGUGGCAAUGGGGAUGAAAGCAAAAUUCAACAAAUAUUGGGGCAGCUUUGAAACCAUGAAUCAAAUCAUGCUGAUUGCAAAUGUCCUAGACCCUCGCUGGAAACUGCAAUAUCAGAAAGUAGCAUUUUUAAGGGUGGGAGUCAGAGCUCGCACCAUUGAGAAGAUAACUAGGGACUUGAAGAACAUUCUGUUGAGAAUGUAUGAUGAGUAUAGGGGCUAUGAGGGGGUUUAA